GGAUGAACCUUCGGGAUGCAGAAACAGGAAAAGUCCUCUGGCAAGGAACAGAAGAUCUGUCUGUACCUGGAGUGGAGCAUGAAGCUCGAGUUCCUAAAAAAAUCCUGAAAUGCAAAGCAGUGUCUCGGGAGUUAAACUUUUCCUCAGCAGAACAAAUGGAAAAAUUCCGACUGGAACAGAAAGUGUAUUUCAGAGGGCAGUGUCUAGAAGAAUGGUUCUUUGAAUUCGGUUUUGUGAUUCCUAACUCCACAAACACUUGGCAGUCCUUGAUAGAGGCAGCACCUGAAUCACAGAUGAUGCCAGCUAACGUUUUAACUGGUAAUGUUAUUAUAGAAACCAAAUUCUAUGAUGAUGAUCUUCUCGUAAGCACUUCCAGAGUGAGACUUUUCUACGUUUGAGACGGGGCUUUUUGGAGCUGUUUUAGUUUUCCUCCGUACAGUUCUUGGUGCAGAACCCCCCGACUAUCCAGUGGAAGACACUCCUGUAGGCGGUGACCCUGGGGACCAGCUCAGCCUGGGUUGUGAUUUGCCCAUCAGUUAUUUUGCUUUCUCCUCUGACAAGACCAGACCAGACCUUCAGAGGCAGGACCAGCUGCUCAGCGACGCACUGGAGAACAGAGGCUGUCUCUGAACACGGGCAGACGACGGUCACGCAGAACCGAUACUGUAAAUUAUGUUAGUCUCAUCCUUUGUACUUCUCUGGAUCCUGCUCUGAUUUCCUGUUUCCACUCACACCAAACUCGCAACACCUUUCAUUUUGGGGUGAUUAAGUUAACCUUUCCAUUUUUCUCAUGUUGUAGGUUUUUAUCCUUUCACUGGAUUUCUGUGUAACUGGUCCACACAUCCUCUUAACCCGAACUUGUAAAAUAGACUGUGAUAUCGCCUAAUGUAAUUAAAACAAAUUUCUCAAUUAAAACAUUCCUACCGUCCAAAGAAGGGAAGAAA